CCUUGCAGCCUGCCGCUGCAUUUGUGCUUAGGCGGUAGAGCUGGGGGAGGGUUCCUCCUCCGGGACUACCUUUGGGAACGCUCCGACCACACCGUCCCAGCGUCCCUCGAGCUCCAACUCGAAGCCCUGGACCGGCCUAAGUGCGGCAGCGUUUCCUCCUGCAGCCUCCCCGUAUCUGGAGGGGAGAGUGUGGGCCGCGCGUAGGCAGAUACUCCAGCGAUGCAUCCAGAGAAUGAAGCGCAGCCGGGCCCGGCUCCUGGACGAGUAUCGGCGGGUGGGAGAGGCUCCCAGCGGCCUCCUGGCCCAGGAGGUGAUGGAGGAAGAAUGGCUGGCCUUGCAGCCCCCCCAUGGGAGCCUGGCGGCCCAGAGGCUCAGCGAAGCUUUUGUUCAGGUGGAGGACGCCGAGGAACUGUCGCUCUUGGAGCAGAUACAGCAGGAGCUGCUGAGCCAAGAACAGGCCUUCAUCGAGGAGUACGAGCGGAGCCUGCGCUUUGACGACGCCUGUCUCCGGGCCCUGCUGGAGGGGCUGCAGGCCGACAGGCUCAUCUGCCCCGUGUGUGCCAGGUCCGGCCUGAGCGUGGCGCGAGGCGAAGUCCUGUGUGCCUGCGGCCUCCGGCUCUCCUCUCAGGCUCCGGGGCUGACCGAAGAGGCCUUCCGAGCCCUCCUGGAGGAGGCUGUGAACAGGCACAGCGAGGUGUGUGGCCGCAGGCCCGAGUUCUCUGUCACCAGCGGAGCGGAAGAAGGCAGCAGCCUCCUCCUGAGCUGUGCGGCGUGCGACACGUGGGCUGUGCUCCUGUGAGCGUGCGGUGGACGCCGGCGCAGAGUCCAAGCGAUUUUAUUUCUCGUCAUUCGGUGGCCGGACAGGCCUUUAUUCGUGGGGAGCGACACAAUAAAGUGGGUCGGGGAACGCCUCGUCUGCGCCUGAAGUGAUUUCACAAACCGGCUCCAUGAUUGCGGCUAAAUCACUCUGGUGAGGACUCGGGGUCCCCCCCCUACUGACACUUGACGAAGCCCUUCAGAUCCUCCAGGAAGUUGAUGUAUUCCUGGUGCUCCAAGGCCGUGCUGAGUUCAACGAGCUCAUCCGCAAACUUGUUGUCCACCCCUCGGUCAGCCAAGAAGUCCAUCAAGUGGUCGUACAGGGCCUGCGGCGGGGAGGGAGAGACCCCACUGUCUCUGGAGUAGGAGUUUCCAGGCCCCCUCCCCCACUCAGUACCAGCAGACCUCUGCCUCUGGGGGGACUUGACACCGCCACGUGGAAAACAUGAACACAGCAACAGAAGAAGACAAGGAAGAGCAACAUGCCCAGAGCAGAAUGUUAGGGAGCACAGAAAAGCUCGCCAGAGGACUGACUAUUCUCAGCCUGGGGGCUCUGAGCUAAAGCAAAGGAGAGUCUAGGCACUGGGCUAGAGGCGAGGGAGGGGAGGGGGCAGGGCGGGGAACCCCCUGCACCUACCCAGUCCAGGGAAUCUGUGUUGAGGGUGUAAUUUGUGUCCUUCCAUUCAGAGUCGCUGGCGGGCUGAAAGCUAACUUCCCUGAUGGAGAAAAUGUCGCUCUCAUCCUCCUCUUCUUGCCCAACCUAAAAAGGUUCCAGAGAGGAAUUGGGGUGGGGCCUGGGGAGAAGCUGCCCAGGUCGGGCCCCAUUCCAGUGUGGUGACCCCCUCCCCUCCCCCCCCCACCUCAUCUUCUGGGUAGUGGCAGUCCAGCACGAGGGCCUUCUUGGUGUCGUCCUUCACAACUUCCACCACAAAGUUCGGCGUCGACGUGAGUUCAGGCUGGCCCCAAAGAGAAGUCGGUCAGGCUGCGUCCUGCUGCCGCAGGGCCCCGGCCCUCCCUCCACCCCCAGCCACGCUCACCUCCUGCUCCUCUUGGGCCUUCUGUCCCUCGGCCGGCUCAUCGUCGAAGGUCGGCGGGAUGCUGUUGUUGAUGUUGAAGGUGACGGUGAUCCUGGAAAGGAGAAAGAGCCUGAGCGGUUUGCGCACCCCCCCCCCCCCCCGCCCCCCGCAGGCCAGGAGUCUCUCACCCAGGGGCCCUGUCAGCCUGCGGAGGCCAACCCACCUCUCUCCGGCCAGCCUCCGGACGAGCUUGGCUUCUGUGCCCUGCACCCCCAGUUCCCAGUCUCCGGACAUCUUGGGGAGGGAUUUGUGCUUCUGGAUUUUCCUCUCCUCUUUGAUUUCAUCCAUCAGGAACUCUGCAAAGGCCUUGUCCCCUGAAAGCCAAGCAGAGCCGCCCACUUGUUUCUAGGGAGACGGGGUGCCCACCGAGGCCCACUGGGUUUCGGUGCCCCACCCCUGUGCCAGAGGGGCUUCUGCCAAGCAGGGAGGCAGGGACACUCAGGAACUGGGCCUGGGAGGGAGGCAACCCCCGAGAGAUCUGGAAAGAGGCCCCCCAGCAGGGCAAAGGGGACUUGUGGACUGGAAUGGGAGCGCUGAUGUGUGCUGGUGUCAACAACGGCUUCUCUGGACAGUGGGCAUCGAAUGCCAGAGCUAGUUAAAAAUGGAAGUCUUUUUUACCAGACGUUAAAUGCAGUGGUCUAGUUCUAGAUCUGCCCCUUCGGACCUGAGGCACCUCGCUGAAAACCAUUCAGAUUUUACAGGCAAGACGUCACCCCUCUCCCAGCAGUGUGAAAUAAGCCUCUCAUUUGACUAAUGGGGUGGGGGGGCAUCUAGAACAUCUGUCCAUUUGUCAUUUACAGAACCCUAUUAUUGGCUAGGACUUGCCCCAGUUUCCCCAGUCUUUGUUUUUAAACCCUUCCCUUCCACCUUAGAAUCAAUUCUGUGCAUUGGUCCCAAGGCAGAAGGGGUGGGGGUGGGGUGUAAAAUGACUUGCCCAGGGUCACACAGCUAAGAAGUACCUUAGGCCAGAUUUGAACCCAGAUCUCUGGGCCUGGCUCUCCCCCAUCAGCCUUUUGUGAACAAGAUUAUCAGCCCCUGUGGUACCUAUCAA